AAUGGACCUACAUAUGCUCUGAGAGGAGCGCGGUUGAUCCAGUAUUUGCUAAAAUAUAAAGUAGUAACGCGUAUAAAAAGCCCUUUCGACGUGACGUAUAAAGCACAACAAAUCACAUUUAGUUUUAUAGAGACAAAUGGACGUCAGACCUCUGUUUUAGAGGCGGUCGUGAAGUCGAGCAUGGAUAUGAUGAGUAAGCAGCACCAGUUUCCUCUUGCAGCCUCGCAAGCGCUCAUCUCCUCUCAGUACCUGAGCACGAGCGGAUACCCCACACCGCCUGCACGGCUGGUCAGCAACUUCCAUCCUGGUUUAGUGUAACUUCAGCAGCUGGAGCGCAGGUCCGAGAGAUGCACUCCGCCGGUUCGCUCUCCUACUCUCGCACCUUCAAAAUAGUCGUGGUAGGAGACUCCGGCGUGGGAAAGACGAGCCUCACCUACUGCUUCUGCACGGGCCAGUGGCCCAGCGCAACCCAGACCACCAUUGGGGUGGACUUCCGAGAAAGGGUUCUGGAUAUCGACGGAGAGAAGAUCAAGGUGCAGCUGUGGGACACAGCAGGCCAGGAGCGCUUCCGGAAGAGCAUGGUGCAGCAUUACUACCGCGACGCACACGCCGCCGUGUUCGUCUACGAUGUCUCGGACGUGGCGUCCUUCCGCAGCCUGCCCGUCUGGCUGGAGGAGUGCCGGCAGAACUCGCUGGGCCCAGACACGCCCCGCGUCCUCAUCGGCAACAAGGUGGACCUUUUGCCGUCGGUGACGGCCGCCUCCGUCAUGGAGCAGGCUCGCCACCUGGCCGAGGUCCACGGCAUGCCCUUCCACCUUUGCUCGGCCAGAGGCGGCGGUGGGGAGCGGGUGGAUGCCAUCUUCACGGCGUUGGCCGUCCAGCUGAAGAGGCAGGGGUGCGGGCGCGGGAGACGAGUGGCCGGAAGCUUUAAACUCACCAAAGCCAAAGCAGAUAGCGACUGUAAAGCAGCCUGUAAGGACUGUAAAGCGGUCUGUAAGGACUGUAAAGCGGUCUGGGCCUGCAGCUGCUGAUGGAGUUGUGUGGGUAUGAAACCAGCUGUGCCUCACUGUCUUGGUCAUGGAGGAACUCAACAAAGCACGGGGGGGGG